AUGCCUCGCGUGGACUCGGACCUCAAGCUGGACUUUAAGGAUGUCCUCUUCAGACCCAAGAGGAGCAGCCUGAAGAGUCGCUCAGAGGUGGACCUCCAGAGGACCUUCACAUUCCGCAACUCUAAACAGACCUACACUGGGAUCCCCAUCAUCGCUGCCAACAUGGACACCACAGGGACGUUUGAGAUGGCACAGGUCCUCAGCAGACACACUCUCUUCACAACCAUCCAUAAACACUACUCUGUAGAGGACUGGAAAAACUUUGCUGCUAAUCAUCCAGAAUGCUUAGAGCAUGUCGCCGCCAGCUCAGGCAGCAGCGUUGCAGAUCUGGAGAAGCUGUGUGCCAUUUUGGAAGCAGUCCCCAUCCUCAAGUACAUCUGUCUGGAUGUGGCCAACGGCUACUCGGAGUACUUUGUGGAGUUCGUCAAGACGGUCAGAGGAAAGUUUCCGAAGCACACCAUCAUGGCUGGUAACGUGGUAACAGGGGAGAUGGUGGAGGAGCUCAUCCUUUCUGGUGCUGACAUCAUCAAAGUUGGCAUCGGGCCAGGGUCUGUGUGCACGACAAGGAUCAAGACAGGAGUUGGCUACCCACAACUCAGUGCCGUUAUAGAGUGUGCAGACUCAGCCCACGGACUCAAAGGACACAUUAUCUCUGACGGCGGCUGUAGUUGCCCAGGGGAUGUGGCGAAGGCCUUUGGUGCAGGCGCUGACUUCGUAAUGAUGGGAGGAAUGCUUGCAGGCCACGACCAGUGCACUGGAGAGGUCACUGAGAAGAACGGCAAGAAAUACAAACUCUUCUAUGGCAUGAGCUCCGACACAGCCAUGAAGAAAUACGUGGGUGGAGUGGCUGAGUACAGGGCGUCUGAGGGACGGACCGUGGAGGUUCCCUAUCGAGGAGAUGUGGAGAACACCAUCCGUGACGUGUUGGGAGGCCUCCGCUCCACCUGCACCUACGUGGGCGCCGCGAAGCUCAAAGAGCUGAGCCGGAGAACCACCUUCAUUCGUGUCACACAACAGUCCAGCCACAUGUUCACUUCCUAGGGCACACACACACACACAGACAGAGAAAAGGGGCAAACUAUUCUAUUUAACUGUAUGUUGGAAUGAAUGUGUAAUACAAUAUGCAAGAUCCAUAGGAGUCACCUGUUAACGGUUACUGGAGAAAUCAUUCUGCAAUAAACCGCAUGCAGGACCCUCUGCAAUUUUUUUUUUCCUCAGUGGUGUUGAUUAUUCUCUGAAUUGUAAUCAUUGUCUGGAUGACAGACAACAUCAUUGUGUACCCCUAUUAAGUGUGUGCAUGUAUUUUGGGUGUGUCAGGAAGACUGAGCUAGCUGGACAUGAGGACUUCUGAAUAUAUGCAUCAGACACAUUUGACAUAAUUCACCACGCUGUGCAUAUAGUCAUGUUUAAGGCCUCUUCAUUGACUCCACUGUGCCUGGCGUUUUAAAUCAAUAGCGUCCUCUGGCCUCUAAUGCUCUUGUACUUUACGCAAGGAACUUCAGGGAAAAGUCAC